GACCAGGUCGGCGUUGCCGUCGGCCAGUACCCUCUCGGCCGUGGCGGGCAUAUUGAUCCGGUUCGUGGUGCAGAGAGGAACCCCCAACACCCCCGUUUCCUUCAAUUUCUUCGUCACCCAGGCAUACCCUGCGCGCGGGACGCAGGUGGCAAUGGUGGGGAUCCGCG